GUUGUAAUCAACAGCAGCAACCAGCCCGCUGCGUUUAGCAAUCCAACAUGUCUGCGCCCUGUCGGAUGCUGCUAACGGCGUGAAGGUGCAGGACAAGUCUCAGUGGAUGGAUUCUCAUUUGACGUGGAGGCAGAUUUAAGGCUUUUGAGACCAGGAUGUCAAAGAUCUCUAAGGCAGCCAAGGCUGUGAAGAAAGUGGAUGCCAGCAGUGUAAUCCGGGCUAUAGUGAGGUCAGGACAAGCAGCCCCCGGCCCCCCACUGGGCCCCAUCCUGGGACAGAGAGGAAUCCCCAUCGGACAGUUCUGCAAGGACUUCAAUGAGAAAACUAAAGAGCUGAAGGAGGGCAUCCCUCUCCCGAUCAAGAUCCAUGUGAAGCCUGACCGAACCUAUGACCUGAAGAUUGGCCAGCCCACGGUGUCUUACUUCCUCAAGCAAGCAGCGGGCAUUGCUAAAGGGGCCGGCAAGACAGGCCAUGAGACGGCAGGGAUGGUGUCGGUGCGGGCGGUGUAUGAGAUUGCCCAGGUGAAAGCUCUGGACGAGUGCUUCAAAAUGAGGAACCUCUCCCUUGAGAACGUCGUCAAAAGCAUCAUCGGCUCGGCGCGUUCGCUUGGCAUUAAGAUUGUCAACGAUCUCUCAUCUGAUGAGUACAAACUUUUCUUGGAGCAGAGAGAGGAGAAGUUGAAAGCUGAUGUAGCUUCCGCUGCAGCCGCUGCAGCUGAAGCUUUGUCGGGCAAAAAGAAAUGAAGACUGCAACACUUUUUAAUAUGUUCCCUCCAUUCCUAUUUGUAUUGCCUCUAUAUGGGAACUACCUUCACACACAAACACUGUUAAUGUUGUGCGUGUCAGUUAAUAAACAGGUAGAUGU